CUCCACGCUAAGACGCCAGAUCCACCUGUCGGCAGCUUCCCUCUGUAUGAAAGAACUCGGAAGGAAGGAAGAGGCAUUGGGCGUGGGAACUGAGAUCUACUCACCCUUCGGCGACCGAAGAGCUCGUGGCCUUUUGGGUCUCGCCCGCUUGGUUCUCCCUGUGACCGAGUGCUCUGCGCCAUGGUAGGUGGGGAGAGCGAGAAGAGGAAGGUGGUGGUGGUGGUGGGAGGAGGGGUGGCUGGCGCCCUUCUCGCUAAGAACAUGCAGUUCGACGCCGAUGUAGUCCUUAUCGAUCCGAAGGAAUAUUUUGAGAUCCCUUGGGCAUGCCUAAGAUCAAUGGUGGAACCGUCGUUUGCUGAAAGGAUACUGAUCAACCACACUGACUACCUGUCUAAUGGUAGAAUUAUUACAUCCCGUGCUACCGGUAUCACUGAAUCAGAGGUGUUUACUGAAGAUGGCCAGACAAUCUUAUAUGACUAUCUUGUCUUAGCUACUGGCCACGCAGAUCCCACACCAAGAAGCAGGAAGGACAGGCUAGAGCAAUUUCAGCAAGCAGAUCCCACACCAAGAAGCAGGAAGGACAGGCUAGAGCAAUUUCAGCAAGAUAACGCUACGAUAAAAUCAUCCAGCUCUGUCCUAAUCAUUGGAGGUGGACGAAUGGGCGUUGAACUUGCUGGAGAGAUUUCAGUUGAUUACCCUGAGAAGAAGGUGACUCUGAUCCACAAAGGGCCAAGGUUGCUGGAAUUUAUAGGAGCAAAAGCUUCAAACAAGGCACUAAAAUGGUUGAAACUGAAGGGAGUCGAUGUGCUUUUGGAGCAGUCAGUCGAUCUAGACUCCAUAACAGAAGGAGAAAGAGUGUUUACAACAUCUGCAGGAAAAUCUGUCUCCGCUGAUUGCCACUUUGUUUGUGUGGGUAGACCAUUGGGUUCGACAUGGCUCCAGGAGACUUUCCUGAAAGAAAGCUUGGACAAGUCUAAAAGAUUGAUGGUGGAUAAGAACUUGAGAGUCAAAGGACGAAGGAAUAUCUUUGCCAUUGGAGACAUCACCGAUAUCCAUGAAAUCAAACUAGGUUACCUAGCACAGGACCAGGCAGCAGUGGUGGCCAAGAACCUGAAGCUGUUAUUGAAGGGAGGUAGGGAAAGCAAACUGGCCACCUACAAGCCUGCUCCAGCCAUGGCGGUAGUUUCCCUGGGAAGGAAGCGGGGAGUGGCUCAGCUUCCAUUUACGGCGAUCAGCGGGAGGCUACCUGGCAUGUUCAAAUCCAAGGACUUGUUCGUCGGAAGGACCAGGAAGAUGAUGGGAGUAGGCCCUCGUGUGGUCUAAAAAUAAUUCUGCUUGUGGAAUCGAGAGAUCUUGCAGUGUGCAUGUCUGCUGUAAUACUGUCAUGGUUGUGAUUGUGUAUUGAUUUCCUGUAAUGUUUGUGUGAAUGAUCCUCAUUUUGCUCUUCUUCUUUCCUGGCCCUGGACAAUACUACAAUAGUGAUGUAUACUAAUUAAGUUUAUGAUAUUGGAUGACCAUAACUGUAUGAGUAAAAGGGGUCCAAACCUGCAUGUUGAUAAUUUACAUUUGCGAGCCUAGCCUUCUCA